AAAUUUUCCUGUCUGUACUAUAAUGAGCUAUUAUAGACCUACUUUAUAAUCGUUGAUAUCAACUUCUACCAAGCGCCAUCUCCCACCAUCAAACACCUAGUUCUCUCGGAGAGGUAUCUAAACUUACUUCACUAAAUCGCCAACUAUAUCCACAAAUGGCUACUAUCAUGAACCCGUGGGAAGAAGAAGCACUACAGUAUCAUUAUCAAGACGCCGGAGGUGUAGGCCCGUCUGCUAUAGCAUUAGGACAACAUGAUAACGUACACGAUUCCGUCAUCUAUCCCGGUUUAUAUGCCCCGAGUGGUUUUGAUAUGAUGAGCAUAUUGGUUCGAGUUAUGUCAAGACCAAACCCAGUCAUCGAACUUGGUCCUAUCGACGCAUCUUGUGCCCUAAUCAUGUGCGAUCUCCAACAGCUAGACUGUCCGGUGGUAUACGUAUCAGAACCAUUCACGGAGUUAACUGGCUAUUCGCAAUCCGAGACUAUCGGCCAAAACUGCCGAUUUUUACAAGCCCCUGGCGGCAAGGUUCGGAAACGGUCUGCGAGAAAAUACGUGGACAAGGACCUCAUCAAGACGAUGCGACGAGCAGUUGAAUCCAACCACGAGAUUGCCGUCGAGGUUACAAACUUCAAGAAGAAUGGCCAGAGAUUUGUGAAUCUAUUGACUAUGAUCCCGGUUUGCUGGGAGAGCCCAACGCCCAGGUACUCGGUAGGCUUCCUAGCUGAGAAGACCUGGUGAAAGAGCAAGGGGUUGGGAAGCAAAAAGUCUAAUUUACGGAAACCAAGGAUAUUCGCUAUUAGGCAUCGUCUCGUCACAGGGAAACAUUUGCUUUUAGGCAUUGCAUCCGCAUCUGAUACCCCUUUUCGCAAUUUAUAUUGGAAUUUUGUUGUAUAUCUGUAUAUAGCAGUAUAUUUGAGAAUAUACUUGACGCGUAGUACCUGGCUCUUACGCUCUUUGUAUGACCUACAUAUAUUCCAAUUUUCAGAAUACUAAAAGAAUUAUCUGAAUGAUAUUAUUUUGCUAUAGAAAAGAACAAUAGGUCUGUAAUAGCACACCUAUUUAGUGAUUAUUUAGAAAAUUUUAACAGUGACCAUCCUCCCG